CAUCUGCAUAACUUCACCGUCCCCGAAUGUUACCCGAAUUUCGCGGGCUACAAUCACCUUCUCCUUCAAAAUUUCCGCGCCAUUCCUUCUCCUCUUCAUCUCCAAAUCGAGUUGGGAAGAGUCUUACGAAGAAGGUGUGCAUCGAGCUCCUCCGAUGGUGCAACAACACGAACCAACUCAAGCAAAUCCACGCCCAAACACUCGUCGCCUCGCUCCACCGAAGCCGAGAGGUGUUCGACAAACUAAUAGGCUCCUGUGCGCACCCAGAACACGGCGACGUGAACUACGCCGACGUGUUGUUUCACAGUGAAGAGGACCCGUCGCUUUUCGUCUACAACGUAAUGAUCAAAGCGUUCGUUAAAAAUGGUAUUUUUAAGCGAACCGUGGAUUUGUACUCGAGAAUGAGGGAGAAGGGCUUGUUUCCGGAUAAUUUUACGUACCCAUUUGUUCUGAAGUCGAUGGGAAUCCUCCGAAUGGGGUUGGAGGGGAGAAAAACUCACUCGCUCGUGGUUAAAACCGGGUUCGAGUUCGAUCCCUUCACGAGGAACGCCCUUUUGGAUAUGUAUGCGGAGAUGGGUCGCAUCGAGAUUGCGCGGUAUCUGUUCGACGAAACGCCUCAGAGAGACGUGGUACUGUGGAACGCCAUGAUCGCGAGCUACGUGAAGUGCGAGAGAUUCGAGGAGGCGAUUAGGGUUUACAGGAGCAUGGAACAAGAGGGUUUGACAGCUGAUGAGGCUACAUUGGUUAGCACACUCUCGGCUUGCGCCCAAAUGGGGAAUUUGGAUCUAGGUAAGAGCAUUCAUAGAUGUAUGAAUACUGGAAUCCAUUUUAGUCUCCCUCUUGGGAAUGCUUUGUUGGACAUGUAUGUGAAAUGCGGAUGCUUGGUUAAUGCACGUAAGUUGUUCAACGAAAUGCCGAUAAGAAAUGUGGCUUCUUGGACUACCAUGGUCACGGGAUAUGCGAAUUCUGGUCAGUUGGAUGAAGCAAGGUGGCUCUUCGACCUGAGCCCGGCGAAAGAUGUGAUUCUUUGGACCGUGAUGAUCAAUGGGUACGUGCGGUGUUGUAGAUUCAAAGACGCUAUGGCUUUGUUUAGGGACAUGCAGUUGAAUCGAAUUAAGCCCGAUAAGUUUACAGUGGUGGCUCUCCUCACCUGUUGUGCUAGCCUGGGAGCUUUAGAACAAGGCAAAUGGAUUCAUGGGCACAUUGAGGAUACAAAGAUGAAGAUUGAUGCUAUUCUUGGCACGGCAUUAAUCGAAAUGUAUGCGAAAUGUGGUUGUAUAGAGAAAUCCUUGAAAAUUUUUAGAAGGAUUGAAGGAAAGGACGCGACGGCAUGGACUUCAAUCAUCUGCGGUUUAGCCACCAAUGGCCAAACGUAUGAAGCUCUUGCUUUGUUUGCGGAGAUGGAAAGAGUAAAAGCUAAACCUGAUGAUAUCACACUUAUCGGCGUAUUAAGUGCUUGUAAUCAUGGAGGAUUGGUAGAUGAAGGGUGUAAGUAUUUCCAUGCAAUGAAGGAAGUGUAUCAAAUAGAGCCCAAAGUCGAACAUUACAGUUGUUUGGUUGAUCUACUCGGGCGUGCCGGUCUUCUAGACAAGGCAGAGAAGUUGCUCGACGAAAUGCCAAAGGGAAUGAACAGUAAAGAUGCAGUUCCGUUGUGGGGAGCUUUACUUGGGGCUUGUAGGCUUCAUGGCGACGUUCAGAUGGGUGCGCGGCUGGCUAAACGAGCUAUUGAAGUAGAAAAUGAGAAUGUGGGAAUGCACACACUUCUUGCUAAUAUAUAUGCGGUGGCGAAUAGAUGGGAGGAUGCCAUGAAAGUGAGGAAACAGAUGAAAGAUCUAGGAGCUAAGAAGACCCCUGGGUGUACUUUGAUCGGGGUGCAGUUCGAUCAGAUUGAACAGCCGGAGAGAAGUUUGAAGAGACAACAUAUCCUAUGUAAACUUUGCUAAGCCUUUCUGGAUAUACAACAGUAAUUCUUGCUUUCUCAGAUUUCAUGUUCAUUUAUGCUGUCAUGUAAAAGUUUCUGCAUCUCUCAAAUGUUAGACAGUAAACUGAAGAACACAAACAUAUCUUUUAUUUAGUCUGUUCAAAGUUUUUGUGCGUCA